AUGUCGAUUUCAUUUUCUCAACGCAUUACUGAACCAUGGAAGAUUGUUUUUUAUCAUGUUGAUGAUACAACAAAAGGCUGGCGGCGUCGAGCAAUUUUAACGAAUAUGGCCUUGUUGUCCGAGCGUUUAUCAACUAUCGAAAAUCUGCAAAAAUCAAGUCAAACUAAUUUCACUGCACUACUCGAUAAAACAAACCGGCACGCGCAAUCAAUGACGAAGAUCCAUGAAUCAUUAAAUACUCUCGAUAAAAAAAUCAAUGACACACAGAAAAUCAUUGCAUUGAGGGCUGUUGGUCGAUCCAAAUCUCGUCUAACACACACCGAUCUGGAAAAUAUGUUACAGAAAGCGCUGAACGAUAACAUACAUCAGGGUGAUGGGGAUGCAUCGGUAAAUGAGCACAAAAACCAAGGACUUAUUAAUACAAUCGCGAACCAUAAUAACAAAAUCAAGAACAUUGAAAACAAAUGUCAAACUCGAAAAUCCAAUUCAGCUAUUCAAGUAUUCAGGCAAGCAAUUGUUAUACGAACAAUCGAUCCCGAUAAUGAUGAAGUUCCUUGUCGAUUUGCUAAAGGUUCACCAGAAUGUGUCAAUGUAUGUCCACCAGCCUCGUUACCUAACGAAACAUUAAUAUUACUGAAUUGUACACUACUUAUCACUGGUAGUGAGUCAUCUGAUUGGUACAUCGUUGCAGUUAUGAUUGUAGAUUUCAUUGAUUCAACUUCAAAGACACCACUGAGCAGUAUUCCAAUUCAAUUUUUAGUUCAUGUCCAAGAUAGCUUAGCGUGUCAUGUACCACGUUUGACGAGUCCUCUUAUUGAAUCUACUCAAUGUGUUGGUGUUCAAGUAGAGAAAUCAUACGAAAUUCCACUUCUUGUUGAAACUUUCUGUCCCAACACAAGUCGGAUCACGAGUACUUUGUGCUGUGGCAAUGGACAGGUUUGUUUAAUGUUGAAACAAUAUUGUGCUACACUUACAGUAGCUGAAAAUGAUGCUCCACUUUGUCCUGAACAUUAUGAUAAUAAUUCAACUUCGGCAGCACCGGUAACAUCGAGAUCGACUUCGCCGUGGUUUUGGAUUGGUCCAAUACUCGCAGUGCUUCUGCUCUGCUGUUGUGGACCACGUUGUCUUGCCGUGUGUUAUCGCAAGUCAACAAACGCGGAUGAGCUAAUAAACAAUGAUCUCAGUCAAACAUCGACUUCAACACAUUCUCUGCCAAACGAUGCAGAACUGAAAAGUCCAGCGUCAGUAUCGGAAUCGUAUGCUUUUGGCGAGAAAAGGCUAUGA